AUGCUUAAAUCUGGAAAUUGCAAGGAAGUGAAGGUUUUUCAUUUUCCACCUGAUUCCUUUACUACGGAAACAAGGGUUGCUGGAAAAGAUCUCACGGAUUCUUCGAAUGCGAGACGAACAAACGACGAGAAAUUAGGUAGUAGUAGGAAGAAGAUAAGGGAGAGGCAGAUGGGUACUUUGGCUCCUGUAAUGGAGAAGCAACAUAGCUUUCAAGGUGAAUUCAUGGAGGAACAAGAGAGUCUCAGAUGCGUUGGUGCAAAUCAGGGGAGAAAGGGAGGAGCUUUGGAGAAGCAAGUUAGUUUCCAAUCUGGGAAUGUAGAGAAACAUGGAAUCAAAGGAAGAGCUAUGGAGAAACAAGAGAGGGCAACAAUGGAGAGGCAGAGAAGCGUCCGUGGGUUUGUUGAGAAGCAGAAAAGCUUUCGUUUAGUUAUGGAGAGACAGCUGAGUUUCAUGAAUGGCGGUGGUGAGAGGAAGAAGAAGAAUGAGUCACCUGGCAAAAGAGGAGACUCUCCUCUUCAUAUCGGAGCUCGAACGGGGAAUCUGGGAAAGGUUAUGGAAUCGAUUCGGUGUUGUAACGGUACUGAAGAGUUGAAGCAGUUGUUGUCAAAUCAGAAUCUAGAAGGAGAGACUCCUCUUUACGCUGCAGCAGAGAAUGGGCAUUCGCUAGUUGUCGGAGAGAUGUUGAAGCAUAUGGACCUUGAAACCGCUUCGAUUGCAGCUAGGAACGGUUUUGAUCCUUUCCAUGUCGCAGCGAAGCAAGGCCAUCUCGAGGCAUUGAAGAAGCUCUUGGAGACGUUUCCGAAUCUGGCCAUGACAACAGAUUUACUGUGUACAACCGCUUUGCACACGGCUGCUACACAAGGACACAUUGAUGUGGUGAAUCUUCUUUUGAAGACAGAUUCUCAUUUGGCUAAGAUCGCUAAGAACAAUGGUAAAACCGCCCUUCACUCUGCAGCGCGGAUGGGUCAUGUCGAAGUUGUCAAGUCCUUGAUAGGUAACGAUGCGAGCAUCGGCUUCAGAACCGAUAAAAAGGGACAAACACCGCUCCACAUGGCCGUCAAAGGUAGAAAAGAAGGGAUUGUUCUUGAGUUGGUGAAACCUGAUCCUGCGGUUUUGAGCGUUGAAGAUAAUAAAGGAAACACGCCAUUGCACAUUGCCACAAAGAAAGGCCGUACUAAGAUAGUGCGAUGUUUGGUAACAUUUGAUGGGAUUAACCUUAAUGCUAUGAACAAGGCUGGAGAUACUGCACUUGAUGUAGCUGUAAAGAUUGGAAACGCAGAGCUCGUGUCGGUUUUGAAGGAAGCAGGAGCUGCCACAGCUAAAGAGCUUGGGAAGCCUCGAAACCCAGCUAUACAACUUAAGCAAACGGUAAGCGACAUCAGACACGAGGUACAAUCUCAGCUCCAACAGUCUCGCCAAACAGGUGCUAGGGUUCAGAGGAUCGCAAAGAGACUGAAGAAGCUUCACAUAAGCGGCCUGAACAACGCUAUCAACUCAGCAACCGUUGUGGCUGUCCUAAUCGCAACAGUUGCAUUUGCAGCAAUCUUCACCAUACCUGGACAAUAUGAAGAGGACAGAAGAAAAGGACCGUUGUUGUUAGGAGAAGCUCGAAUAGCCAACGAAGCCCCGUUCUUGGUCUUCUUUAUAUUCGACAGCUUGGCGCUGUUCAUAUCGUUGGCUGUAGUUGUGGUGCAGACUUCGGUUGUGGUGAUUGAGCAGAAGGCAAAGAAGAAGCUUGUGUUUGUGAUCAACAAGCUCAUGUGGUUGGCUUGUUUGUUCAUAUCCAUUGCCUUUGUUUCUCUCUCGUUUAUCGUUGUGGGUAAGGAAGAUAUUUGGCUGGCGAUUUGUGCAACGGUUAUUGGCGGGACGAUUAUGCUAACGACGAUAGGUGCAAUGUGUUACUGUGUGAUUAUGCAUAGGAUUGAGGAAUCUAAACUGAAAAACAUGAGGAAAGAGAGAAGCAAGUCGAGAUCUUUCUCACUCUCUCAUAUGCCUUCAGAGUCAGAGAUUCUCAACGGCGAAUUUAACAAGAAGAGAAUGUAUGCACUCUGA